CCCUCGUCGAGUGAGUUUUGUGUCAGUGUUCCCUCGAAGUUUUUUGGGCCCGGAGCCAGCUGCUCCGCCGUUUUGCAACACAGAGAGAGAGUGCAUCGACCAGACACCGGGUCACGGCGCCGCUGCGUCCUCCACGAUCACGUAAAAAAUCGUCCGUCAACGAUUCGAUCCGAUCCGGUUCGCUUCGCCGAGGAUAAAAAAACGAUCGCCGAAGUGUCCGCCGGCGAAGAAGGUGUGCUGAGGAUCCGAGAGGGGCGCGUGUUGCGCGCGUAACAGCCGCGCCGAACAAAGGACGGCUGCAACGUGGCGUUUCGAAACCGCGCGCGAAGCUUCCGCCCGUGACAACGCGCCAUCGGAAAGAGAGAGAGAGGAGAGAGAGAGUUCUCUUUUGCCGUGGAACUUGUACCUGUAUGGUUGUAACAGUGCGACCGGGAUCGUCGUAGAUCGUGCCAGUGCGAGGAGACAUGGGACGCUCGAUCCAUCGGGCGGACCGCGGAACUCGCGACAGUGCCAGAAGAUCGCGGUAAUCGGCGUCGAAUCGGCUCGUGGAAAAAUCGCUUGGAAAUCCAUGAGGUUUGGUGGUAACGCGAGCGAGGUAACGAAGGGCGAGCCAAGGGAUCCGCGAGUGUCAGUGUCGGAGAUCCAGCGGACUUGCGACGAGGAUGGCCGCGAGUCGCGAGCAGUAACGAUCGACGGGAUCGAUCGGUGAAAGUCGCGCGCGCGCGCGAUAGACCAGCGAGGCGAUCCAAGGCGAAUCGUUGUCCCGAUCGGCUGACGAUCGACGGUCCGAUGGAUAGGAUCCGAAUCGACAGGCCGGCCACGGCCAUCGUCGCCGUUUUCAUGCUGAUUCUCAGCCCCGCGGCGGCGCAGGGUCGUUUGGAGGAGACGCAGAUGGACACGCACGAGGGGUCCACGGUGCAGCUGCAGUGCCGUUUCUCCCCGCCCCGGGAGAACGUAACGUGUUUCUGGCUGACGCACACGAACGACAACCACGACAACGCGGCGGUGGACAACCGCGAGCUGUCGCCGCAGUAUAAGGUGUUCAUGAACCUGGAGGAGGGCCGGUACGACCUGCAGAUCCGGAACGUGUCGUACGAGCGGGACAACGGGAAGUACGAGUGCCGCGUGAAGGCGAACGGCGCCGGGAUCGACCUGCACCGGAAGUUCAUCACGCUGACGGUGCUGAGGGCGCCGGGGCCGCCGACGAUCACGCCUACGUCGGCGACCGCGACGGAGGGCCAGGAGAUGAAGCUGCAGUGCGACACGAACGGCGGCAGCCCGGAACCGGAAGUCAGAUGGUACCGGGGCAACGAGACGGCGUUGCUGCACUCGGGCAGGACGUUGCUGGUGCACCCGAAGAAGGAGGACGACAGGGCGACGUUCCGUUGCGUGGUGAGGAACAGAGCGAUGCGCGACGGCGACACCUUGAACGCGACCGUCACCCUCGACGUGAAUUACUUCCCGCGGGUCACGGUGGGCCCGGAGAACCCGCUGAAGGUGGAGGUGAACGGAGCGGCGAAUCUCGAGUGCCGGGUCGACUCGAAGCCGAUGGUGAGGUCGGUGCAGUGGAAGAGGGACGGCUACACGAUGUCGGACAGCUUCCAGCACACCAUCCGAACGGUGACGGUCCAGGACUCCGGCAAGUACACUUGCCAGGCGGACAACCGGCUCGGCAAGACGGGCGAGAGCUCGCUGAUCUUGGACGUGCUGUACCCGCCCACCGUGUUCAUCGAGGGCGAGACCGUGAAGGUGCUGCAGGUCGAGGACACCGUCACGGUCCACUGUAACAUCACCGCGAACCCUCCGCCGACGGUGGUCGAGUGGCUGCGCGACGGCCGACCGGAGUUUCGUCAGGACGGCUCGAUCCUUCGACUGAGCCGCGUCACGGCCGACCACGCCGGCAACUACACCUGCAGGGUGGUCAACACGAUCCACCCUUCCGGCGGCGAUCGCAGGAACUACUCCGCCACCGCGAAGCUCACCGUCAGAGUCAAGCACAAGCCAGGACCCGCGAGGGUCACCCCGGACUCGCCGGUCGCCGUCGAAGGGUCCAAGGUGAUCCUGACUUGCAUGACCAGCCCGGCCGGCUACCCGGAGCCCACGUACACCUGGUGGAAGGAGGGCGACUCCAGCGUGAUGAACCUGAACAACUCCAGGCCGAAGUACGAGAUCGAUUUCGUCCAUCUGGGCAGCGAGGGCACCUACAAGUGUUACGCCGAGAACGACGUCGGCCGCGGCGAGGCCGCCUGCGUCAACCUGACGGUCCAUCAGCCGCCCAAGAUACUCACGAAACUGCAGCCCCACGUUACCAGGAAGGUCGGCGAGUCCUCGUUCCAAGUGUCCUGCGUGGCGCAGGGCAAGCCGAGGCCGAGCGUCCGCUGGCUGAAGGACGACCUGGAGCUGACCGCGGACGAGCGGCUGUACAAGGUGACGACGAGCGCGUCGGAGGGCCACGGUAACGUGAUCACGGUGAACUCGACGCUGAGCUUCCUGGGUCACGCGCGACCCCAGACCGACGAGAUCGUGGCGAGCGACCGGGGCAAGUACACGUGCGUGUUCGAGAACGAGGUGAAGAAGGUAGAGUCGACGAUGAUGCUGAAGGUGGAGCACGAGCCGAUCGCGUUGCACCAGCACGGCAAGGUCGCGUACAACCUGCGGGAGACCGCUGAGGUCGCCUGCAAAGUGCAAGCCUGGCCGAAGCCCGAGUUCCAGUGGAGCUUCGGAACGAACGCCGCCAGUCUCCAGGGCUCCUCGAGCGACGGCCACUACGAGAUCUCGACGAGCAGCGACAACUACGACGUGUACACGUCCGUGCUGAGGAUAACGAACAUCCGCGAGCUGGAUUACGGGGAUUACAGCUGUCGGGCGGCGAACGCGCAGGGCAGCAUCACCUCGACGAUACGGCUGCAGCCGAAAGGAGCCCCCGAGCGGCCCAUCAACAUCACCGCCAUGGACAUCGGGCCGACCCACGUGGCCCUCCUGUGGGAGCUCGGGUUCGACGGCGGGCUGCCCAUCACCAAGUACUUCGUCUUCUACAAACGAGUGCCCGGCGGCGACGAGAUCCUCGCGCAGGACUGCGCCAUGCCAAGGUCGCCAACCGGCCAAUGGCUCGAGCUCGACUGCAAGAGGUCGAACCCCUGCAACGUCACCAAUCUCGAGCAACACCAGACCUACACGUUCCGGGUGCGAGUGUACAACACGAAGAACCACUCGGACUUCUCCGACGAGGUCACCGCGACCACCGCCGUCGCCAAGAUACCGGUGCCGGAGAAGGUCAGCUAUGAUCCGAAAAGCGGCAUGCUGGCCAUCGUGGUACCCGCCACUUGCCUGUCCCUGGUCGCAUCCAUCGAGAAACUCGAGCCACCCAUGUCGCCCCGAGACGCCCAUGAUCCGCAGUGGAGGAUUUUGGACGAGUGGCAGCUCGACGUCCUUGGAAGCGCGUCUACCGAGAGGGACGGCGAGCUGGAGGACCCCGAGGAUCUCGGCGACGAGCCCAGGCUAAGGGUCAGGUUCUGUCUGAAGGCUGACAGGCAGAAGUGCGGCGAGUACACCGACGCUGCGUUCGGGCCAUCGUACAUCGCGCAAGCAGGUGCAAUGACGACGCCUACGCUGAUCGCAUUGGUGGUUAGCGGGGCGGUUUUCCUGUUGUUCGCGGCGCUGUUGUUGCUCUUUUGUCGGUGUCGUCGAAAGCACGCCACCAAGGCCAAGGACUACGAGAUGGACUCGAACGCGGUGCGACCGAGCUUGGUCGCGGGGAACGGCCAGCAGAACCAAGCACCGCCGCCUUAUUAUGCCGAGAACAAGGCUUUAGAACACAGUUUGGACCACGCACUGGCCAUGGAGGACUCGAAGACCCCUGCGUACUCGCAGCCUGGCUACGGGUACCAUCAACCGAACCACAAUAUCAAUGGUGUGAACAUGGGCUACAUGGACAACAGCUACUCGAACUCGAAUAACGGAGGAUCGGUGAACUCGCAAGACUCCAUCUGGCAGAUGAAGUCGGCGGCCGCGAACGGAGUCGGCCAGCCCUACGACCUGGCCGGCUACGCGACCACCGAGUCGGAUUAUCCGACCCACCCUCAUUACCUCCCACAGAGGGAGGAUUACCGGGAAAGCCAUAAUCUAAGUCGACAGCAGUUUUGCUCGGAACCAUUCGCCACCGUCGUAAAGUCUCAAAAACACGUCGAUUCACCGUACGACGUGUCCGGUCUGCCGUAUCAGGAGACCUACGACGAGGACGCGAAGCCGCCGCAGCAGGUCAGCCUGUCGUACGACGAGAGCCUGGAGUCGGGCUACUCGACCCCGAACAGCCGGGGCCGCCGGAUCAUCCGCGAGAUAAUCGUCUGAGACCUGCCUACCGGCUCGCGA